CUAGUCUCGACAAAUCCCUUUUCAACGAUCGCCUGAUGAUGCCUGCAACAAGCGAUGAAGCAAGGAUGGUAGAAGCGGAUUCCCAUUCAAUUCGCCUAUCAUUCUUGACUGCUACCACUACUUCUCACGACGCCACAGAAACCCACGACUUGAUCGUCUCACUACCUCGCACAACGCAAAGGGCUUCCGACCCUCUCCACGUCUUUCACAGGGUUAGUACGUCAGAGGUGGCGUUCUGGACCUGUCACUCAAAAAUUGUAAGGAAAUUGAAUACCAUCGUCACUGUGAAGUGACAGUCGACAGUGACAACGGCGGCGAGGGUACUCGAUAUUCUGGCGACGACAAUGAACAGUUGCCACAGACGAUAACAUCGUCUUGACACUCUCUACACAAUAGCAAACAUGGCUACAGUCCAACCAGCACUAGAACCGGCUGCAGGCUUCUCUCUCGAAUCCCGAGCGGAGCGUCCAGAUCGCGUGCCUCUACAAAAAGGGCAAUAUUCAAUCGCAUCGAGAGCUGUAGCCCUGUCGACAUACUUCUUGUCCGGAGCACUUGCCAUCAAUCUCUCGCAGUUUCUAGGAGCUCCGCUGGCUCUGGUCAAUCAAGACUGGUACAACGCAUGGAUCGCCUUCACCAAACAGUCCUUUGGGCUGCUUACCAUGACCCUGACACAGACAUUCGCGCCAACAAAGGUCAUUGUGUCCGGCGACGCAUCUGUUCGAGGCCAGCUCCUCAAGUCGGUCGAUGGCGACCUCGUUCUUGAUUUCCCAGAGAGACUUCUUCUCAUCGCGAACCACCAGAUCUAUACCGACUGGCUAUAUUUGUGGUGGAUAGCUUACUGCAAUGGUAUGCAUGGACGGUUGUACAUUAUCUUGAAGGAAUCACUCAAGAAGAUUCCAAUAUUGGGAUGGGGCAUGCAAUUCAAUCAAUUCAUUUUCCUGAAGCGGAACUGGGAACAAGAUCGGCCCAACAUGGCAACUGCACUUCAGAAGCUGAACAAGCUCACGGAUCCCAUGUGGCUCCUCCUCUUCCCUGAAGGUACCAACCUGGCCCCAAGUACUCGUGCGAAGAGUGCCGCUUGGGCAAAAAAGAACAAUAUCGCCGACACUCGACAUGUUCUGCUACCACGCAGCACCGGUCUGCACUUUUGUCUGGAGCAACUCAAGGACUCCGUUGAUUAUGUUUACGAUUGCACGGUAGCAUACGAAGGGGUGCCACGAGGACAAUUUGCUCAAGAUAUCUUCACCCUCAAGGCAGGCUAUCUCGAAGGACGGCCUCCGAAGUCUGUAAGCAUGCAUUGGCGGCGGUUUGCUGUCAAAGACAUCCCACUUCACAAUGACAAGGCGUUCGAACUUUGGCUUCUUGCCCGCUGGAGAGAAAAGGAUGUUCUCAUUGAACAGUGGUACCAGACCGGUAAAUUUCCUGCAGACACGGGUGUGACCAAGUACAAGUCCGGCAGGACACUUCGCGGCUGUGGACAUAUGGAUGUGCCCAUUCGCUCAAGCCACUGGUACGAGUUCCUUCAAAUAUUUGCCCCCAUGGGCAUCCUUGCCAUGGUAUUGUACAUCUUCUAUGGCGACCUACCGCAGAAGUUUUGGAAGAGUAUCAAUCGAGAAGCACUCCAAUCGGGCACGGAUGAUGUGAAGAGAGCAAGUGCACAGGCUGGCAAGCAAGUGAAGUCUGCAUCAACCUCGCUCAGCGGGUUAACCCUCGACUCCUUCUUUGAUCCGGCACAGCAACAGGAUACAUUCAAAGCUGGUGCCAUGGCGGUCCAGAAGCUGCUCAACUCACCGUCAGCACAGACUCUGCUCAACCGCGCCGAUUUCAUCCAGCAAUUUCUCUCAGACCCACAGAAGAUGGUCACUGAUAGCAUUACGGACAGACAAGAGAAUUUCAUGCAUCAAUUGGCGGAAGAGGAAGCAAGGAGGCAGCGAGGUCGAAUAUCUAGCGUGAAUGGGACUACCAGGACUGCUCCAGGGGCCAUUGCAAACCGCACAUCUGCCCAGAAAGGGACAUUCUGGUCGCAGGUCGAUGCCGAGGAGAAGAGCAGACGAGGGUCAGUUGUGUCAGCGCCGGCGCCAAAUCAAACAAGACCAAAAGGAACGUUUUGGAAGGAUCUCAAAGCAGUGGAGGAGAAGAAGAAUGCUCCAGCACACAAGGGGACGUUUUGGGACGACGUCAAAACAGAAGAGAAUACUAGAUAUGGUACGGUUGUCACAUUAUCCAGUAACGCUUCGACUGCCGUGGCAUCGACAAAUUCGACGUCUACAAGGGGCACUGCACCUAAAAUCGGACCACGGAAGACUCCUGUCUCUGGAUCAGGUCAGAAAGCAUCGGCUACCACUAUCCCCAAGGUAUCAAACACAACGAGUCCAGCAAAGACUACACAGAAAGCAGCAUCUCCUGCCACGGCAAGGAAGAUGAGUAUAUCGGCACAGACGACAACGCCUGCCAAAGCUUUGAAGGCUAAAUCGACAAACACGGCACCGUCAAAGACAACACCAAAACCGAUCACAUCGAGUGUGAACUCGGCACCCAAGCAGGUGAAAUCUACAGCGACACCUACACCUCUGAAGGUUGGAAGUGGGACUAAACCUAAACCCGUGCCUGUUUCUGCGUCUAAACUACCGUCCAGCAAGCCCACGGCUACGACGACUCCAAAUGCCGGUCAGAAGAAACCUUCUACUCCUGCGUCAAAACCCGCCUCGAAACCUAUCAAGGUCACCAACCCAUCUGCGAGAACUCCUUCAGUGGCGGUCAAGAAACCUGAAUCGAAGCCAGCACCAAGCACAAAAUCAACCAUGGCUUCCAACCCGUCGAAACUGGCGACAAAGACAAGUGGACCACCAAAGUUGAAAAGCAAGACUUGAUGUAAAAGAACCGAGGGUUUUGUUCCUCCUUACCACCUUUUUUGCGGCCAUUAACUGCAUGUCAUCUCACAUCAUUUUGGGAUACCAUGUAUCAAAGCCAGCGAAGCCAAGUCAAAAAGCUCCUCAUCUCCUUGUACAACAUUCUCAACGAAGCGAUGAUUUUGUGUGUCGGACCUCCUUCUCAGCAUGGGCUGGUAUUCGGUACGGGAUGUAGUGCUCCAGGCAACCUGUG